AUGGCCGAUCCCAAUUCUGGCUUCGUUCUCGAUACACCAACAACCCUAUCCAUUGGAUUCGCGCUCUCUUUUAUGCCAAUUGCAUUUGGCCUGGGCACAUAUUUGAUCCCCCCAAAUCAGCCCCGGAACCGCGCGCUAUUCAUGUGGCACGCUUACGACGCGCUCACCCAUCUCUUCAUCGAAGGCUCCUUUCUAUACGAGUGCUUUUUCAGCUACAUCGACAUCAUCGAGACUACCCAUACUCUUCUGAGCAAAGACCGUCCUUAUUACUUCCUCGGUCGCAAGGAUCGUGUAUACGGCGCCAAAUUCGGUACGGGACCCAGCGCGCGCCUAUGGCAGGAAUACGCCAAAGCCGAUCAUCGCUGGGCUGUGGCCGAUACGACCGUCAUCUCCCUUGAGCUUCUCACUGUGUUCCUGGCCGGCCCCGCUGCAAUUUACAUCUGCUACUUGCUCUACAAAAUCGCCAGCAACAGAAACUCUUCCAAAACCGAUGCCCAGCGACUCGGUGCCGCCAAGGGAAAACUGUGGCUCGUCGCUUCCGCUGUCGCAACCGGAGAACUUUACGGUGGUUUCAUGACUUUUGCGCCCGAGUGGUUGAGUGCGAACUCCCAAUUGGAUGGAAGUAAUCCCGUGUUUUUGUGGUUGUAUCUUGUCUUUUUCAAUAUGUUGUGGGUGUUUAUUCCGUUUUGGGUGUUGGUUGAGGCAUACAAGGAGCUUAAAGCUGCGUUUGUCAAUGCCGAAGUUUUGUCUAUGCCAUCCGACAAGAAGCAAACAUAG